UAUGAUCAAACCUUGUUAAUUGUAACCAAUAUAAAAAAAUAAAUUCAAACUAGAAAAAAUUAAAUAAUAACCAAAAUUACCUAAACUAAUAAAGUUAAGAUUGAUUUAGAGUAGAGAAGUUAGUCCUUGGUGAAUAAUUUGUUUAUAAUUUUUAUUCAUGAUUUAUAUGAUAACAACUUAUCCCUCUCUCAUUGAAAAUAAAUAAAGGAAACAAGUGUAAUUCUCAAGAAUAAUGACUAUCACUCUUUAAUUUUUUAUAAUUAAGCCUCAAGUUAAAAUGCUUCAAAUAAUAAUUUUAAAUUGUUCUAUGGAGUAGGCUACAUUUUAGAUCUUAAGAAACACUUUAAUAAAGUUAUCAAUGUUUUGAAAUAGUUGGUCCAUAAGGAGAGGGUUUCUGAAAAACUGGAAUAUAUUUAUGAAAAUCAAUCAAAUAAAAUAAGAUAAUUGGAUUUCUUUAAUUUUGCAUUUAAAUUAGGGUAAGCUCUUGAAUAGGAAAUUGAGAGAAUCUUUGAUAAUUACAUCAUGAGAAGCUUAGAUUAAGAAAAUAAGAUCUUUAACGCUAUGUAGUUUUAAUCGGAUAUUUAUCUUCCAUUAGUUAAUGAUUAUAUAAAAAAAUCCUGCAACAGUUAUUUAAAUUUAAAUUCAAAAUUGCGCAUAAGAUAAGAAGAAUGCAGAACUAUUUGGAUGAUCGAUAUUCCAGUGAGAAAAUGAAAAAUCAGAUGAUCCAAAAGAUUAACCAUGAUCAAACCCCAUUAAUUUUUUUCAGUAGAUAAAUAAGGAGUAUGUAUAACUCAA